CAAACAACACAGUUAAAAACCCGCCUGGGAGCUUAUUGAGCUUUAUGAUACAGGAACAGCGGUUUAAACAAAUAUAAGAAAAUAUAAAGAUACGAUACCAACAACAGCCAUGUCUGUGAAUUAUGCUGCCGGGCUCUCACCGUAUGCAGACAAAGGUGUUUGCGGACUUCCCGAGAUGUUUGACAGUCCAGAGGAGCUGAAGGUGAACGUGGAGACCCUUGCUCAGUGGGUAAAAGAGUGUCAGUACUUGGUUGUCCACUCUGGAGCAGGAAUCAGCACCUCAACAGGCAUCCCUGACUUCAGGGGUCCAAAGGGUGUGUGGACGUUAGAAGAAAAAGGGGAGAGUCCUCACUUUGACAUCACAUUUGAAGACGCCCGUCCCAGCUUGACUCACAUGGCCCUCUUGGGACUGCAGAGGGCCGGCUACCUCAAGUAUCUCAUCAGCCAGAACGUGGAUGGCCUGCAUGUACGAUCGGGCUUCCCCAGGGAUUUGUUAUCAGAGCUCCAUGGAAACAUGUUUGUGGAGGAGUGUGAGAAGUGUGGCAGGCAGUACGUCAGAGAAAAGGUGAUUGGUGUGAUGGGGCUGAAACCAACGGGACGUUACUGUGAUGUGGUACGAUCCAGGGGACUCAGAGCCUGCAGAGGAAAGCUGAUAAGCACCAUACUGGACUGGGAGGAUGCUCUUCCAGACGCAGAUCUGAACAAAGCAGAAGAUGCCAGCCGACGAGCAGACCUGGCGCUGACGCUCGGCACAUCCCUGCAAAUUAAACCCAGUGGUGACCUUCCACUCAUCACCAAACGCAAAGGAGGGAAACUGGUCGUUGUCAACCUGCAGGCCACAAAACACGACAAGCAUGCGCACCUGCGUAUCCAUAGUUACGUGGAUGAGGUCAUGAAGCAGCUGAUGGAGCUGCUGGGAUUGGACAUCCCAAAGUGGGAGGGUCCGACUGUCUGCGAGAGCUCCAAAGCCACGCAUGAGUCUGCUGCGGAUGUCAAACCCCCAUGUGCAGUUAAAGCAAAGAAAGAGGUGAAAAACAAGCCGAUUAAGGGGGAGAGGAAAAGAGACACAGCAGCACUAACAGAUGAUGGGAGCGUUAAGGAGGAGGCGGUUUCGGUAAAGAGGGAGAGAGCGGACUCCCCAUCAGAGGUGAAGGAAGAGAAAUAGCCUCAGGUAUUUCUUCUCGCAACACAAACCCGUCCAGAAAUAAACUUUACAACUGAGGGGGCGCGGUUUCAUCAGAGGACGGAGGUUCUUCAUGUUGCUCCCUCUGGAGCAAAGACUCUUCUAGUACUGUAGUGGUUUUGAUAAUCCCUUUAUUUUUUACACUCCCCUUACAGUGGAGUCAUUGUUUCCAGGGUAAAAAGGCUGGCUCGACAUUAGGUUUAAGUUUUGAGAGGUUUUUUUUUUUUUUAUUUCUGGUGAAACAACAUGCCUGAAAAGCACAUUUACCAACACACAGACUACAGUAGUAAAUGUUCUGCACUUGAUACAACAAAGAGUCCAAAAACGUUUAGAUGCAAUGCAAAACAUCAAUAAAAACUAAUAAAUCAG